CCCCCGCCCGCCCUUUCUCUCCGCCGCGCCCGUGCGGAGCAGCCGCGGCCGGCGCGGCCGCCGGGACCCGCCCCGCCGGCUCGCCGGGCACCUGCUCGGGGCGGAGCGGCGGCGGCCGGAGGAGCGGCGGGAGCGGCGCCGCAGGCGCUUCGAGAAACUCAUAAACACAUGAGAGAAGAUGACAAGAUCUAGAUCAAGAUCACCACGAUGGAAACCAAGGUCCUUAUCUCCAGCUUUUAGGACUCCAGAGCACCAUAGGCAAAGGCAUGAUCAUAUUAAUUAUGACUGUGAAUAUAAAAGCUUUCGUAAGGACCCAAAAAAAUCUAUGCCUUGGAGAACAGAAGAUGAAAAGUAUGGACAAAGCAAUUCCAGGUUUGCACCUCAUGGAAAUAACCACCAGAGAAUAUAUGAACGUAGGUCACCUUCACCAAACCUGAAAAGAAUUCCCAUGGAAGAUGCUUACGGUCAUAAGCCCUACAGAACACAUUCAUCUGAAAGGACUGAAAGCAAUAGGAGAUGCCAGUUACCACCAAAAUACUCGGAAAUACCUUAUAAAGAACAUGAUCGUCCGUUUUACCAGCACAAAAUGGAGGACAGAUACGUGUUUGAUCACUACAAAGUCACUGGAAAUGAAAAAGGAGUGAAACCUUUUCAUAGACCGUUAGGGGCUCCAUGCAAACUUGAAAGAAAAUGGCACGAAGAUGACUUGAGGCACCAGAGGUUACAUGAAGAGAAGUAUGGUCAGUCACCCAGAAGAGUUUCUGAUGAAUUUACGGCAAGGAGCUCUUUACAGAAGAGGUAUCCUGAAGAUCACGAUUACAGAGAAUAUGGGCACGCGUCUAAAAGGGCUAAGGAAAUGGAGAGGUAUGACGUUGGAGAUGUAGCAAGAAAUUCCAAGUGGAAGCAAGAACGUUCUUUCCCACCCUGCCAAGAAAAGGAGGAGCAAAGAUAUCCGGGUGCCCAGUGCCACCGGUCGGCUGAGAGGGAGUACCUGGGGGGGUCUGUCACAAAGAUAGCCUAUGAGUACAGCCACAAGCGGCACAGGCGCCCGGAAGGGGAAAAGCCUUUUCCAGACGACAGAGCUCAGAAGUACGUGAAGCAGGAAGAGCAGAAGUACGGCUCUUCCAAGGGUGCCCGGAACAGCAAGGAGUUAGAUUACUUCAGUGGUGGCAGAGCGAGGCGGACUGAGGAGCGGCACGUUGAGGAACCCGUUAAAUACGGUUCAAAGAAGGGCUGCAAUGCUUGUGUUAACUCUUCCAAAACAGAUGUUGAGCUGAGAUCUUUCAAAAACAAACUGAAUGAAAGAGUGAGGAAAGACGGGGAGUUGAGGAAAAACGUAGAUUCCGCCAAUAGCCAGCGUGAUGCAAAUCAUACUGUUCCAGAUGUGAAAAUGUCAGAUGCCAACUGUAUGAGAGAACAUCUCACGGUCAAAGUGGAUAUGAAGAAAAUGGUGACCAAGUACAGGACUGCUUCUAGUCACACUACAGAGAGACAGAUGUCCCAUGAUCUGGUUGCUGUUGGCAGAAAAAGUGAAAAUUUUCAUCCGGUGUUUGAGCACAUGGAAUCUGUAACACAAAACGUAGAAAACGAUCCAUCAAAAGAAUUUACUCAGGAAAUAAUCACAAUUAUUCAUCAAGUUAAAGCAAAUUAUUUUGCAUCUUCUGACAUAACUCUACAUGAACGGUUCUCAAAAAUUCAGGAUAAAUCAAGUGCAAAUACAAAUGAAGCUAAAAUACAUUUGGAUCCAGAAAUUCACAGGAGGAUUGACAUGUCUCUAGCAGAACUUCAGAACAAACGGACUGUGCCGUCUGAAUCUCCCCAGAACAUUGUAAGAGUGUUAGAAGAUCCAAAUGAUCUACGGUAUGAUAUAGAAAGGAGAAGAAAAGAGAGAUUGAAGAAUGAAGAUGAGAGAGUGUUUCAUGUAGAUGGUGUAAGUCCAAGGAACCAGCAGAACUGCAGUCUUUCAAAGUUACAAACAUCUCAAGUUGAUGGCUUCCAAAAGCCUGUGAGGUUCAUUAAGCCACCUUUCAGGAAAUUUAUUGGGAGACCUCAUCUGAACUCUUAUUAUUCUUCAAAAGCAAGUGACGCUUACCCCCACAGACCUAUUAGAGGACACCUUGAAAAUGCAGGACCCAUCAGAAGGCACUUUAAGAGCAACUUUGCAGAUGGCCGUUUGCAAUCCCAUUAUAAAUCAGGCUUAGUGCAGAAGGGUUUAUAUAUUCAGGCUAAGUACCAGCGCUUGCGUUCUGUUGGUGUAAGGGGAUUUGCCACUAAUAAAUUCAGAGAUGGAUUUUUGAGGAAAGAAAAGGGAAAUCUAAAUAUUGCAACAGAAACUUGAACUGAGCUGAGAUCCUGAAGUUGAAACAGAUAACACAGCAAAGGGAGCAUCUGUUUGGCUUUUGACAACUUUCUCAAGACUUAAAAUAGGAUAAAAGAACUAACGCUGUAACUUUCUUGAUUAAAAAAUAACUUUAUUUUAAAUGCUGCAGAACUUUUUUACAGUUUUAAUAAUUGCUUUUAAAGUACAGUAUUCAAUUGAAACAUCGUAUUAUGUACCUUUAGUUCUGUUUGCAUAUCAGUCUCAAGUAAGGAAGUGAUUGAAGGGAGUCUUAUUUAUUGAAUACUUUUUCUCUGAGCAUGAUGUUACAGAUGGAACUUGAGUUGUUAUACCCAGAGGUUUAUAUGUUGAAAGUUUAUUGCUAAUGUAAUAAUAAAAAGAAAAAAAAAAGUG